AUGCUAUUGCCCCGGCGCCCCCGGCGACCCCCCCGCUUCAGUGUCAUCAACCAGGCCCCCAGCCGCUUCCACAGGGUGGCUGUGGAGGUGCAUCGCCGCCUCAGAGCCAAAGAGGGCGUUUCUGCAGAGCCUACCUCAGAAAACUUCUGCGGGGGGUUCAGAGCAGCUCACACCCCCACUGUAAAGUCUGUCCGGAAAGACUCACAAACCAAGAAACUCAUCAACGGUGCCAUCAUGAACAAUGACUUUCUGAACAAGCUGGAGCCGCAGCACUUGAGGGAGAUGGUGGACUGCAUGUAUGAGAAGGUUUACACCGAGGGACAGCUGGUCAUCCAGGAGGGGGAACCUGGAAACUACCUCUAUGUCCUGGCAGAUGGCCUGCUGGAGGUCUUCCAGAAUGGGAAGCUGCUGGGGGAGAUGCGUCCUGGAUCUGCAUUUGGAGAGCUGGCCAUACUGUACAACUGUAAGAGAACAGCCACGGUCAAAGCUGUGUCCCAGUCUAAAAUCUGGGCUCUGGACCGCCAGACUUUCCAGACCAUCAUGAUGCAGACCACACAGGCGCGCCAUAACGAGUACUUCAGCUUCCUGUGCAGUGUGUCACUUCUCCGAGGACUGCCUGAGGAGAAGCUGGCCAAGGUUGUGGAUUGUCUUGAAGUGGACUAUUUUGAAAAAGGGGAGUAUAUAAUUCGAGAGGGUGAAGAAGGAAACACUUUCUUUAUUAUUGCAAAAGGAGAGGUGAUAGUCACUCAGAGCACAGAGGGGCUGGCUGAACCACAAGAAAUCAAGACGUUGGGAGUUGGAGAUUACUUUGGAGAAAAAGCUCUGAUCAGUGAGGAUGUUCGGUCAGCCAACAUUAUCUGCAAUGAGAACGACACACACUGCCUGGUGGUGGACAGAGACAAUUUCAACCAAAUGGUGGGAACCUAUGAGGAGCUCCAGUCUUAUCUGAAGGAAUAUGUAGAUGAGCUUUCCAGGAGUGAUGAGAGGAGAAACGCCCUGCCCCACUCCCCUAUUGACUCUGCAGAGGCCCAGGAGCUGAAGAGGCUGAGGGAGAAGAUUUCCCUCUUGCCUUUCAAGGAUCUGGAGGUCAUCGCGACUCUGGGCAUGGGAGGGUUUGGACGAGUGGAGCUGGUAAAGCUGAAGGAUGAGGACACCACGUUUGCUCUGAAGUGCAUUAAGAAGAAGCACAUCGUCGACACCAGACAGCAGGAGCACAUCUACUCUGAGAAAAACAUCCUUCAGCAGACCAACUCUGCGUUCAUCAUCAGGUUAUUCCGAACAUAUCGGGAUGAUAAGUUUGUCUACAUGCUGCUGGAGGUGUGUCUUGGUGGAGAGCUGUGGACUGUGCUGCGGGAUAUGAGCUAUUUUGAAGAGCCCACAGCCAGGUUUUGUACUGGUUGUGUCUUAGAGGCCUUUGAUUACCUCCAUACUUUGGGCAUCAUCUACAGAGACCUGAAACCUGAAAACCUUCUGCUGGAUGCUGAGGGUUAUGUCAAAAUGGCAGAUUUUGGCUUUGCUAAAAAGAUCGGCCUUGGAAAGAAGACCUGGACAUUCUGUGGGACUCCAGAAUAUGUGGCCCCCGAAGUCAUUAUGAACAAAGGUCAUGACUUUGGAGCUGAUUGCUGGUCCUUAGGAAUCCUCAUAUUUGAACUUCUCACUGGCAAGUAAG